AUGCCUACCCUUGAUGAAUGUUUUCAGUCUGAGUCACGUGACACCUAUUGUGACAACUUUCAAUCAGACUUAACCUUUACAACAUGCUUAAGCUCUUACCUAAGUUUCCUAUCAAUAUGUUGCAUAUUUACAGAGAUAGACCACCCCCUUCAUUUUCUUUCAUGUAGUUUACGUGCCUUAAUUGAUCCAGUCCUUAAUAUACCCUUUCCAUAUCAGGUCUGUAAGCACCGCGAGGACGGCAUCGAGAUCGUCACAAAACAGUUGGUUUACGAGCAAAAGAACGGCUCGGCACGCGCAUGCUGGUACAUUUCUUGAACAUUGAUUGGCCGACUACGACGUGAACCUUCCUAAUGCGAAGUAAGAUCGAGGACGUGAAAGAAAAAUUCCUUUUUAGUAAAAUUUCACUUCUUGUGUAUUGUCAUCAGUCUACAUGCGGCUGCCUUUAAACUGACCUUAUUUUAUUCGAUCCUGUUUUGCGGGAGCAUUUAAAGUUGCCAUCUUCACAAACAUAAUCUGGCUGCUGUUAACAAUCCUAGUUCUAUUUGCUUUGCCUCCUGUACCAGGCUUCAUGUUGGUGACUACCUUUGGUGUGCUGUUUCUGCUUGUUCCGCCUGUUAGUUACAUUCGAGCACUGCUCGCUAUUCGUAGUCAUAACGCUCAGUUGGGUGAUGCAGUUACGCUCCAGAUGUCAAUAGUAUUGUAG